GCCCGAUAUCCCCGCGCACCUCCGCCUCUUUCUCCGCCGCGUCUCGACUUUGCCCGAUGGCCGCCCGGCGCCGCUGGAUUGCGCUGCUCCUCGUCGCGCUCGCCGGUCUCGUCGGCUCCCUCGACGCCAGCGCCGGCGAUGCCGAUCCCGUUUACAAGUCUUGUGUGGGGAAGUGUGAGCAAUCUGGAUGUGUGGGGGACCAAUGCUUCCACCAUUGUAAAUUCUCGUCUGAUGGGAAGCCUGUGGAUGGUCCAUGGUAUAUGCAAGAACCACUAUACUUGCGGUGGAAGCAAUGGGACUGCCAAAGUGAUUGCCGCUACCACUGCAUGCUCGCAAGAGAGGAGGAAAGAACGACUCUCGGUGGCAAGCCUGUCAAGUAUCGUGGAAAGUGGCCUUUUCUUCGUGUUUAUGGCAUCCAGGAGCCUGUUUCUGUGGCACUCUCUGCCCUCAACCUCUCCGUGCAAUUUCAUGGCUGGCUAUCCUUUUUCAUCCUUUUGUACUACAAGCUACCUUUGAGACCAGACAGGAAAACUUACUAUGAAUAUACUGGCUUGUGGCACACAUACGGCAUCUUUUCCAUGAACUCUUGGUUUUGGAGUGCUGUCUUCCACAGUCGAGAUGUUGAGUUGACUGAAAGGCUGGACUACUCCUCUGCCGUGGCAUUGCUUGGAUUUUCCCUCAUUUUGGCUUUACUAAGAGCUUUGAACAUAAGAGCUGAGGCUUCCAGGGUCAUGCUUUCUGCCCCAGUUAUAGCAUUUGUGACAACUCAUAUCCUGUAUCUGAACUUUUACCAAUUCGAUUAUGGUUGGAACAUGAAGGUCUGCGUGGUCAUGGGAAUUACUCAACUUCUUAUAUGGGCAAUUUGGGCAGGUGUUACCCACCAUCCUUCACGUUGGAAGUUGUGGGUAGUAGUGGUGGGUGGAGGUUUGGCCCUGCUAUUGGAAAUAUAUGACUUUCCCCCCUACAUGGGUUUUGUGGAUGCUCAUGCCCUUUGGCAUGCCACCACCAUUCCUCUAUCUUACCUCUGGUGGAGCUUCAUCAGAGAUGAUGCUGAGUUGAGGACAACAAUUCUCCUAAAGAAGGUGAAGUAGACUUUGUCGUAAGAUGCGCGCACUAAUCAGAUGGUAAAUUGUGUCAGUAACGUGGAUCGCUCUACCCAAUUGUUUCAUUGGAUUUCCCUCUUAUCUGAUGGUGUAUAUGCUUUGCUGUACGUGAAAUGCUUGUUUUCCACAGAGGGGUCAUUUGCGUUUUUUUUUUUAAAUCAAUUUCUAUAGGAUCAGCAGUAUCCUUAUGUAAUCAUAACUUCUCAUUGCUUUCUCGGGUUUUUGCUAAGAAAACUUCUUAGUUGGUCAAGGCUUGAGUGCCACGUUGGUCAGAAAAGUUUCGUAUGAAGAGUAUGUUGAGACUAGGAAGUUAUGUGGCAAGUAAAGAAACUGAUCUCCCUGAAGUUCAGGCAUAUUGCGGAGACAGGCUCCGUUGCAGAAAUAUCAAGUGAGUUGUGGAUGAGUAUCGGAUGAAUGAUUCAGCAUGUUCCGCAUUAAAAAUCUUGUCGGGUGGAUUUCCAGAAUCCUCAGAUCCUGGCUUGUGUUAAAACUGUUGGAUCCUUUGUGUUAUUGUUCAUUGAGAUAACUGUUGCUGCUUUAGGUGAACACCAAUGCCCCCAAGAAGACUCAUUGCCAGCUUAUAACAGUCUAUCAUCCUUUUUUUGUU